AUGACCUACACAAUGACCGCCCACCUCUGCAAGCAAAUCUACGCCUCCUGGCGUCAGACCCGACAGCCCUCGCCAGAGCCCAACUGCUCUCAGCCCUCGCCGUCCUUCAUCCGCCCCUUCUCGCGCUCCCCUUCUCCUCCCGCCCAGAUCCGCUCCGAGCGACGUCCCUCCAACGCGUCGGAAUCAGAAUGGAACCCCAACAGUCGUCACUAG